AUGGGCGGUGACAAGCGAUCGGCGCCGGACGCCGAGACGACGGCCUUGGCCAAGCGCGCGCGCCCGGAUGAGAACCAGACCUUCCCGCGCAGCUCGGCCAUCGUGCCCGUGGACGCUAAGGUCGUGACCAUCAGCGCCAAGGCCGACAGCAGCCAGCGGACGUCCGACCUCCUCGCGCCCACGAUGCUCCUCUCGGGCCACAGCGCCGCCGUCUACUCGAUGGCCUUUAGCCCGAACGGCAAGAGCGCGGCCUCGGCCUCGUUCGACAAGUCGAUC